AGGACCACGCCAGAAACUGGUUCACGCAGUUCGCGCCCUGAAUCGGCCAAGUGUCAUGUCCGUCGCGGGCUCCGGUUUCCGUCGGGACCCCUGGCAGAGGUCGCAAGCGCGGUCGCGUUCUCGGACAACUCGUCUACUUCGCGACAAGCUCGACGCUCGCAAGCUGCGAAGUCUCGUUGGACGAGGACGGCGUCGCUGCCGUCGGAGGCCGCAAGUUUUGGUCGCGGAAGUCGCUCGCCGACGACGGGCAGCCUUUGUGGAAACGUUUUCCCCUCCGGAAUUUACACUGCGCGGGGCGUCCGCACUCGCGAGCGACGCCGGUGGCUGUGUCCCCACCCCGCCUUCGAGCCACUCGCCAGUCCGACUCCGUCGAGCACGGACAGCUGAGCAUGCUCGAAACGGGACCGAAGCACAUGAAGCUGCCGACGACCAAGGCGGGGUCAGCUGCUUGGACAGGCGGCGCCAGGAGAACGCGCAACGCCCCGCUGCAGGGAGUCGUGGUCCUUCAGCCUGGUUUGAGGACCGGACGCCUGGAACGCCGAAGAGGCCACGUCACCAUGGCGUCGUUCGCUCUCAGCGUUCCGGAAUGAUCGAACGCCGAGGGCGAGCCUGCAAGCGAAGGUUGCGCUCGAGACUGAAUCGUGCAGAAGCAGCCACGGGUAACCGAGCAUUGGGCCAGGUCGCGGAAGUACUUCAUGCGUUAUUGAAGUAUAUUUUGUGGUAUAUGCAGAGGCCUGCAGCCAGCACACCCCGUUAAGCUGGGAUCAAGCUCUGGCACAGAAUGUAGCGAGAACGGAACUACGUUCCUUGCGUGUAGGUUACUGAUAUCGCGCAACUAGGCGCGUUUUUGCUUGUUAAAUUUUCGUGGGUAUUGUUCGCGAAAAGUUUAUGUGUACAUAUAUAUGUGACGGGAAAAUAAAUGUUUUUCU